CGCUUUCCUCUGGAAGGACCGCGGCCUUUCCUGAACCCACCCCGUUAGAUUUCUCAGCCAAUCCGGACGGGCCCGAGAGUGGCAUGGCUGCCCCCAGCUUUGCGGCUCGGGGCACAGCUAAUACUGAGACGUAUCUCGGGGCUGGCUCCUGGGACCCGCGCUGGCCAUUGGGCUUUCCGGGUUCGAGGUCGUAGGCUGGGACUCCGAGGAGAAUGGAUCCUCCUUUGGAUGCAUGGGGCCUCUCCUCAUCUUUACUAUCAUUAUGGAUAAACAGGUUUUACAUUUACUGGGGCUUUGCCUUUGGCAUUAGCCUUUGGAUUUGUGUCCAGAUUGUCAUCAAGAGACAGGCCAAGAACUCACAGGUGAAAUCCGUUUCAAAAGCAAACCAGGAAUUGAUGACAAAUGGUUACAUUUCCCUUCAGAAGAGGGAAAUCUUUGUGUCUGGAGUGAAGAUUUUCUAUGGUUCCCAGACUGGAACCGCAAAGGGGUUUGCAGCGAGUCUUGCUGAAGCAGUAACCUCCCUAGACUUGCCGGUGGAAGCUAUUAAUCUGAAACAAUAUGAUCCAGAUGAUCACCUGGCAGAAGAGGUCACUAGUAGAACCGUCUGUGCUUUCCUGCUUGCCACGUAUACGGAUGGCCGGCCGCCUGAGAGCGCGGAGUGGUUCUGCAAGUGGUUGGAGGAGGCAGCCAGUGAUUUCCGGUUUGACAAAACUUACCUAAAGGGGAUGAGAUACGCGGUGUUCGGUCUGGGAAAUUCUGCCUAUUCAAACCACUUUAACAAGGUUGGCAAAAAUGUUGACCGGUGGCUCUGGAAGCUCGGUGCUCAUCGCGUGCUGACGCGAGGGGAGGGCGACUGCAACGUGGCUAAAAGCAAACAUGGCAGCAUCGAAGCCGACUUCAGGGCUUGGAAGGCCAAGUUCAUCUCCCGGCUGCGUGCACUGUGUAAAGGAGAGAAGAAGUCCUGUGGUGGCAACUGCAAGAAAGGCAAAUGCGAAUCCAAACAGCAUGGCCCGGAGGAAGUGGAGCCAGGGUCUCACACUCAGGAUGAAGCGCAUCACAGAGGCCCCAAGGAGGAAGAGCCCUGUGAGAGCACUAGUGAGGAAGAGUUUGGUCCUGAAGACCAUCAGGGCUUCAGUUCUGUUGUCGAUGUUGAGGAUCUUGGCAAACUCAUGGAUCGCGGGAAGAAAGAAAAGAGAGAAAAGGAGCAGCAGGAAGAGAAAACUAGUUUGUUCAGGAGCACAGGGAAGAAUGAAGAUGAUGGGAGAAGAGCUAUGAUAACUCCUGCUCUCCGAGAAGCCCUUACUAAGCAAGGCUAUCAGCUGAUUGGGAGCCACUCUGGGGUGAAGCUCUGCAGGUGGACAAAGAAAGGUGAACGAGAAAGAGUCCAGGCAUGGGACGCCUCACAGUGGAGACCCAUUCUGAACACCGCGUCGUCAGGUGGACCUAGAUGGUGCAGGAGAACUACUCCGUGUGGCCUCCUGAUGCAGCCACGAUGUGUGGUGGAUAAGUGGUACGUGGUUGCUGCCAGCAUAAUGUAUCAUAUUGUUUUGCAGCAAGAUUUAUAAGGAGAAAGACUGUAC